UUAGAAUUACUAUUAUUAUUAUAAACCUUAUAUUAUACCAAAUAAAAUUCAUCAUUAUUACUUUAAAGAUUCUCAAAUUCAUUAUCAACUUUUCUAUAUGCCAUUUCAAAAUAAUUAUUUGCAAAAUGUUAAAAGAAAAAUAUAUAUUAAUAAUGAAAAUUCAAUUAUAGAACGAUAUAAUACAAGAAUUAAAACUUCUUAAUAUAAGGUCAUCUCUGUUGUUCCCUGGUAAAGGAUAUGCAUUGGUUAAAAUUAUUUUUAUUUAAAAAGGCUAACGGAUGAUCAAUUAUUAUCUGAAAAUCCUAAUCCUAUCGAUUAAGGAUCUGAGAGUCAUGUUUUGUUCAGAAGAAUAUGUACAGUACAAUAUAGAUAAUUUGCUUAUGCCAGGAAUAUAUCAACAUCUGACCGUAAAGGUAAAAAUGUUUUGCUAGAAUUAACCUAGAUUUCAAUAAAAAAAAUUCUUUUUUUUUUUUUUAAAUAAGUUCAUUGUUUCAAAUUAUUAAAAAUAAUAAUACAUGGAUAUUAAAGUAAUUAAAAAAUAUUGAUGAAUUCACUUUAUUUGAGGAAAAUUCAUUUUUUAUUAUAUGAAAUGUUAUAUUUAUCAUUUCUCGGUAACUAGAAAAUAUAAAUAUAAAAGGAAGAAAAAAGAAAAAAGUAGAAUAUAACAAGAUACAUUAGCAUGUAGUAUAAUUAACGAUAAAAGUGCUGAAUUGAGUUAUGUAUUGGUGGAAAAAUGCUUUAAAACUGUCAUUUCUAUACAAUUAUGAAAACGGAUAAAGAAUUUUAACUGUAAUGAAAAAAUUUUUAUAAAAUCUUGAUGCAUUUAAAAAUUACACAAUUUUAAAAGAAAUAAAAAUGUCAGAAGUAAUCGUAUUAAGUGAUUCCAACGAAUCUGAUUCAUCAAUAAUUAAUCAAAUUAAUCCAGAAAUAGGAAAUUCUCAACAGGAUUCUUCAUCUGAUGAUUUUGAUUUUCCUGAAGUUCAGUUUGAUUAUAUUACUAAUAAAAAUAAUAUUACUAAUACAAACAAACCAUGUCAAAGACAAUGCACCAUAAAUGAUAAUUCUAAAUCAUUGAAUGUUAUUUCAAAUGUUGAAACUAAUAAUGAAAUGUGUACAAGUACGCUUUCUAGAAAGAGAUCUUUUACGCAUGAUAUGUCUGAUUCUUUUGAAUCUGAUCGAUAUGAAGAAAAUAUUUGCACGAAUCAACAAUUGUUUAAAGAACCAAUAAAAAAGAGUAAAUAUAAAUUAAAAGAAGAACGUCGUAAAAGACAAGAUAAUUUAAUAAAAGAAAAAGCAUUAAAAGCAAUAACAGCUAAAAAAUUAAAAAAUAUUAAACCAGGUGAAUGUAUAAAAUUUAUGAAAGUUAUUUUGGAUAAACGUAUAGAAGAAUAUAACUUUUAUCCAGAAAUUCUAGUAACAUUAAAUGAUACAAAUGUAUCAUAUAAUUUUAUCUCACAUUUAAUUCCUAAGAGUAUAACUUGGGAGAGAAGUAUAGAAAAAGAUAGCAUAAAUGAAAAUAAUAAAAUAUACACGAAAACUUUUAAACAAACUGAGAAACAUAUAAUUGUUAUUUGGAAUUGGAAUGAGGUAGUAGAAAAAUUAACGGAGGAUAGUUUUUGUACAAGUAUUUCUUAUAUAAGGACUUUAUUGCCAGAUUAUAAUAUGACCUUAGUUAUUUUUGGUAUUCAAGGAUAUUUUCUAUAUUAUAAGAAAAAGAAUAAAUUAAAAAACAAUAAGGGUUCAGGGAGUAAGUCAUGUAAUAAGAUUGAAGACUUUAAAGUAUAUAGGGAAUCUCCAGAAAUUUCAAAACAACAACUAGAAAUGUGUCUUGCUGAAAUUCAAAUAAUUAAUAAGUGUAAUAAUAGACUUAUUGAAAAUGCAGCAGACUUAGCAUUAAUGAUUUAUCAAUAUACUAAAGCUAUUGCAGAAAUACCAUAUAAAUUAGAAAAGAAACAACAUUUUGACAAAGAAUAUAAUUGGUACAUAGCAGGAGAUAAUAGAGACACAGUACGGGUUGAUAAAGAUGGAAAUGGAUUGAAAAGAUUAUGGCAACAACAACUUUGUCAAUUUAAUUUGAGUAGCCUGGAAAUUGCAGAAGCUAUUUGUUCUGUAUAUAAAAGUCCAGCGCAGUUAGUUGAGGCUUAUAUGAAUUGUACAUCUACAGAUGGUAGCAAAUUAUUAAAAGAUCUUCCUAUUAGAAGAGCAGUAAGACCCCUUUCAACAACCAGACGAGUUGGUCCUGAAUUAAGUAAAAAAGUUCAUAUCAUGUUUACUUCUGAAAAUGGUGAUAUUUUGCUUGGUAAUGAUUAUUAAAGAUAUAUUUUUUAUCUGCAUUAUCAUUUACUAUGAAGAAGUUAUAGUGAAAUAUGAUGAAUGUUUAUUACAUUAUAUGAUUUUUAAUUUGUGUAUCCAUGCAAUACAUUGUACAAAUUUUCAAUAUAUGACUACA